UAUAGAUGUGUUUUAAGUUGCACUGUCUUCUAUGAAACGUAUCCCUAAUACAAUAUCAUUUCCGGUUUUAGUCAUCAGAAACUGCUCAGAUGUCCCAAAAGGGUCUCCUUCCGGUAUCUACAUCCUUACUACAACAGAAGGGGGACGUUUCAAGAUCUUCUGUGACAUGGACGCUCCAAGCGGACCAUGGGCUGUGAUACAGAGACGGACAAGUAGAGACGUCGAUUUCUAUCGUAACUGGGCAAGCUACAAAGUCGGAUUCGGGGAUCUACUGGGUAAUUUCUGGAUUGGCAAUGACAACCUUCACGUCCUGACAAGUACCCCAAGGAUCCUACGUGUGGAACUAGAGGGCUGGGAUGGAACAAAGGGGUAUGCUGAAUACUCGACAUUCCAGGUGGCCAAUGAAGAUCAGAAUUACAGACUCUCCGUACAGGGGUUCUCUGGCAAUAUUUCCUAUGAUGCCUUGGCCUACCAUAACGGUUACCAAUUCACUACCUAUGACAGAGACAAUGAUAUCCGAGGAGAAAACUGUGCUGAAUUAUAUCGUGGUGGUUGGUGGUACAAACGAUGCUAUGAUGCCAACCUAAACGGCCUUUAUCCGAUAGACAACGGAAAUACAGAACUCGAAUCAAUGACCUGGUGGUACUUCCCUGAUACUAACAGGGCAGUUUCACCAUUGAAGAAAUCCAAGAUGAUGAUUCGAUAGAUGCACCAUGGAUCCGGAUACACAGUUCGAAAACUAGUAUGGAAAUAUGUAACAUUUUAUGAAUAAAUAUAUACAGCGUAUAUACAAUGUUGUGACAAACACAACGAUGCACCACAAUAAUAAUGCAUUAUAAUCAUAUGAAUUUUAUAUAUCAUGUCAUCAUAGUUUCAUCAGAUAUAAUUAUGUUUAUUGUUAUUAUUAUUGCUUAUAAGUGUGUGGUUUUGUAGAAAAGAAAAUCUUUUAUUUUUUGUCCAAGUCUUUUUGUUAUAAAUAAAGUUUUCUUAUUAUAUCGACAUUCCCUGAGGUUGAUGUUCUAGACAACACUUGCUAAAAGUUUGCUGUAGUGCUUUGCAUGUCAUUACAUUCAACUUUGUGUAAAGGAAGGGGCUGCGCGUAAAAGCUAAUGUCAUGUAGCGGUCUGCAUGGGUCUUUGUAGAUAUUGAACUAUCAGUAACUGUGAUUGUGAGUGAAGUCUGUGUGUCAAUGUCAUUUGAAAAAUUGAGGUCAGAUCAGAUCCUAAGGUCACAUAUUCACCUGACAGAGAAAUGAUUGUGAUUGUGCUACUAAAAAUUCUAAAAAUUCCAGAGCGAAAUAUUCCAUCUUCUCUCUUCGAGCCUGAAGAAUAUUUUAUAACUUCCUUCUCCGUAGCAUUCUCACACUUGUACAUAUCAUGUUGUUCUUGUAAUGAGU